AUGAACAGGAAGCACCACCUCGACAACCCUCAGCCUGGCCCGUCCUCCAAGCGCCCCAGACCCCCUAGCUUCGAGCUGCAUCCACACCAACCGGCCCUGUCCCAGGCCAAGUUAGACUCCGAGCCGAGCGACAACAUUUCCCACCGUAUUGUCGCCACCAUAGCCGAUUCUUCCACCCCCGCCGUAGCAACAACGGCGAAGAUCACUGCCAAGGCCACAGUUCAAGCUCCGCGCUGGACCAAGACAGGGUCCAGGAAACGGUCCAAAACCGAGAUAACCAUAGUGGCAGCUGCCAAAGCCACAACUCGGCCCAACCCCGUGAUCAAGUCCAAGCAGGCCGCGCGCGGCACGUCCGGUACCAAGCGCGCCAAGCACGACGGCAAGAUGCGCUGUGGACAUGUGGAAAUGCGUUGCGCCGAGAUUCGCGCGGGGCGCAUUUACGCGCGCGCGCCGACUCAUCCCAAGUACGACCCCGCCACCCACUUCACCCCCGAGGUAUACGCCAAGAUCGAUCUCACUAAGAAUGGCGUCGACGCCAUGGGGCCCAUCCUCGAGGAGAUGGUCUGGGAACUGUUCAACGACAUGCAAAAGCGUAUCCUCGCAGCACAAAGCGGGCGCGACUUGCAGAAGGCCGCACGUUUGAUGUACAUUAUCUUUUUCACCGACUUCUCGCCCGGUCCUCGCCCCAUCGACGAGCACUGUCACCGGUGCACGUCCAACAGCUUCCCAUGCAUGGUCCUAAGGGGCCAGAAGGACUGCCUAGGCUGCUUCAUGUCUAAGGGCGGCUGCCACACCGUCGGCGGCCUCCAAACCGACCCCAUGUCGCGGCCCAUCAGCAAGAGGUUCAGUUCGAAGAACGCCAACAAGAAAAAUGCCAGUGCCAGGUGGGAAGACACGACGUACAUUAAGCCUGCGCCGUGGACCGACCUCCGUCUAUGGGUGCACCGAGAGCUUGGAGUCCCUGGGCUCGGCGACCAUCUCGGCCACAUUGCAUGGGACGCAAAUCUUCCCCCUGUGCCCCAGCUCAACCCCUUCUCCCGCAAGGUCGCUGAGGCUGCUGCCAAGCGGGUGGGACCGAUCGUCGACCGGAAGGACCGAGCCCUCUCCAUCUCCACUGAAGCCGGGUCAGAGUCUAUCCCGGCUGAGGCUUCCAGGAGCAUCUCCCCGACGACGUCUGCCGAGGAAACACCACAAAAUUCAACGAGUGGCACCGGCGAAAUGCUCGGCAUGCACCAGAGCAAGCCCAUGCAUCGGGAAUCCCCCCCAAUGCAGCGCGCUGCGAGCGUUACGGCACAGUCUCUCACUGAGUGUUCAAGCGCCGCCGGCCGAACUGUCUCCCCAGGUGUCAUCUCCAGGCUAACCUACUCGGUCUCAGCCGAGCGUACCGGGGCCUACCUGGAGGAUAUUGGGUAUAUCCACGAGGAGUGGCCCUUGGCUUCACCCAGCUCAACGCCAGAGACUGAGACGAUGGCCGAGACUUCAAUUGAGCUUGAUCCACCCGACGAGUGGUUGGGCCGAUUCUCUCCCCAGGACAUCAGCAGUGCGGACGCCCUUAUCUGUCUUGGUUUACCACGCGCUGCUAGUCUCCCGCGGGAAAUGGGGGGAGCCGCCAUGGAGCGCAUGCCUGCCCGUUCAUGUCUGCAAUUGAGGCCUCAGCUCAUCGCAAGUGAGUGCACUGGGGAAGAGGAAAGCAGCGGCAGCGAUGACGAAAGCCUUGAGGACAUCGAGGAUACCGCAAUCCCAGAUACCGUGGGAGGCACGGAGGACGUAGACCUGGAUGAGGGCUGGGACACACACAGCGAGCCCGAGUGCGAGCACACAGAGUGCCACAGCACCGAGGAGCUCCUCCUUUCACAGGAGCAAAUCGACACUUUGCUGUCUCGCCACCUUCCCUCCCCCAUGUCACAAUCGCACGACGCCGUCGCCCUGGCCCUUCGGAGUGGCAACACUGCCGACCCGGCUUACACCAACGCGUGGCUGAAGGUCCGUUCGCACGCCCUAGAACUGUCCCGCCACAUCCGACUCCAGUGCACGUAUGUUCACAUGGAACCCCUGCACAUGACUGUGAGGCUCAAAGCCCAACAGUACCCGUUCACUCGUCAUCUCCUCGAGGAGCGCUGCAUUGACCUGUCGACAGCAAUCCGCCGCGUCUCGCAGGGCGAGUAUGCGAGGCGCUACAUCGGCCCACUUGCGCGACGUGUCGCACCCAACGCCGUCCGCAGGAACGGGGCGUAUGUCGCCGGCCGUGUGGUGCUUCUAGGCGUUGACGGGUUGUGGGGCACGCUCCUGGUCGACGGAACCAUGGUCAAGUGCUUCGCGUCACGCGAAUGGGAGAGGAAAUUGCCCAAACGCCAAAUCUUGCGCUUGAUCAAGUCGCUCGGACACCCGACGCGCAGCGUCAGCUACACGCCCAAGACGCACAAUGCGUUCGUCACCCCCCAACAUGGCACGGCGUUUGCUCUGUGGGCGUUCGAAAAGCUCGCGGCGGACGCGCAAUGGAUGCCAGGACCCCUGGACCACUCAUACCUUCUCGCUCUGCGGAAGCGACAUGCGGUAUUGCUCGCGGAGGACCAGAGAAUAGCGCUUGCCAUGGCGGAGGCCUUGCGCGACAACGCGGAGUUGGUAAACGAGCUCAUGACGCGCGCAGGGCUAUAG